UCAUACCCGGAAGUACGGUGAUGCAGUAACGCAGACAGUCGGCUUAUUUACCUUUAUUCAAAACAGGCUUGCGAGCUAGUUACUGUUAAAAUGGCAACAUAUAGGAUUUCUGCAUGUAUUUUCCUUCGUUAAGAUGGCUGGUUAGGUUUCAAAUCGUUUCACGACCAGUAAAUUGUUCAACUGACGUGAGUGACCUCGAGCUGAUGUGAACGCAGAAGAACAACGAUCAAUAACAUGUCGGCAGAAUUCACUCUUCCCGGUUCUGACCGACCCAUAAUGGACGAGGAUGAUGUUAACAACCAGCCCAGCCCGUCCCCAUCCCACAGCCCCCCUGCGUCAGGAGAACCUGAUCAAGAGGACCAAACAGAACCAACCAAAACCUUUUCUCACGGUUGUCUGGACUGUGGGAAAGAGUUUUCUCGCCCCUGUGACCUGGUGAGACACCAGAGAGUACACACAGGGGAGAAGCCCUACCUCUGUCCUGACUGUGGCAAGAGGUUCGCCCACUCAGGAGGCCUCCGAAAACACGAGAGGAUACACUCCGGAGAGAAGCCUCACUCCUGCUCCGUGUGUGAGAAGAGCUUCACCCAGAAGGGAAGUCUUAGAGUCCACCUACGGACACACACGGGGGAGAGACCUUAUUCUUGCUCCGUCUGUGGCAAGAGUUACACCCAAAAUGAAUUUUUGAAAGUGCACCAGCGAACACACACGGGAGAGAGGCCCCACUCCUGUUCUGUGUGUGGCAGGGGCUUUGCUCAGAUAGGCAACCUGAAGAAACACCAACGGAUUCACACCGGGGAGAAGCCUUACCAGUGCCCGGAGUGUGGAGCCAGUUUCACCCAGAAGGACAGCCUGAAGAUGCAUCAGAGGUCUCACACGGGAGAGAAACCUUACGUCUGCCUCGAGUGCGGGAAGGGUUUCCGCGACAACGGGCACCUGAAAGUCCACUUGAGAGUGCAUACAGGGGAGAAGCCGUACUCCUGCCCCGACUGUGGGAGACGGUUCAGCCAGGCAGACAUCCUGAAGAGACACCAGAUGGUGCACACAGGGGAGAAGCCGUACUCCUGCGCCCUGUGUGGGAGGAGGUUCGCCCAGCCUGGCACUCUGAAGUACCACCUCCGGACCCACGCAAGAGAGAACCAGACAGGGGGGCCUCAAUGCUGCCCAGUGUGUGGACAGGACCUCCCUACAGAGCAGGCUCUGAGAAAACACCUACAGGCACACAUGGGGGAGGACCUCGGUCACAACGGGGGACAGGAAGACGGGGAGGAGGAAGUUGGUGGUCUGAUCAAUUCUGAUGGAGAGGACGUUGGCUGGGACACUUCUCAUCUUAGUGAGAGUCCUGUCCAUGACUCUGGUAGUGAAGGAGGAAGUCCCCCUACAUCACACAUCAACAAGGAUCCUGGUCACCAAUCCAGCACCAAAGCCAUAGAGUCCCAGGGUCCCGAUCCAAGACAUGAGGAGGACAUCACUCAAACACCUGGGAUGAACAUUCAUAUUGUAGAAGAGGGGAAGGAGGAAGUGAAAGAGGAGGAUGAAGUUGGUGGUUUCAUCAAUUCUGAAGGAGAAGAAUUUAACUGGGAUUCUGUUCAACAUAGAGAGAGCCCUAACUGUGGCUUAGACAGCAGAGCGAGUCCCGCCACAUCAGAACAUCCUGAACACCAGGAGAGUCACAAAACGAAGACGUCUCACUGCUGCUCGGUGUGUGGCAGAGAGUGCUACAAGCUCUCGGUACUACAGAUCCACAUGAGAAUCCACACGGGAGAGAAGCCGUACCCCUGCCCCGACUGUGGCAAGAAGUUCGCUCACCUGGGAGCCAUGAGACGACACCUCCUCACACACACGGGAGAGAAGCCCUACUCUUGCCCUGUGUGGGAAGAGUUUCACCCAAUCCGGACAUCUGAGGGAGCACCAGCAGUCUCACAGUGGAGAGAAGCCUCACCUGUGUCUGGUCUGUGGGAGAGGGUUCUCUAG